UAACCAUUUUCUAUCUGUCAUGUUGUGAAAAGCUGCAAUUUUUCACACACGAAAUUGGAGUUUUUUAAUCAUUUUCUGGCUUUAAUUAACAUAAAAUAAAUUUAGCAUCAAAAGUAAAAUGUUUUUGUCACGACCUUUCAACAAAUUAACCCGUUUGCGGUGUCAAUUACUCUCCACUUCGGCUAAAACGCACCUGAAAACAACCAACAGCAGCAGCAACACUUCCACAGCAAAGUCAUCGUCGUCUUCGGCGGCGGUGGAAGAACACAUUGAGAUUCCCAAUCGCAUUCCUCGCAGCUCAACAGAUAUUCUCUUGGCUCUGUCCAGUACAGUGAAGCCUGAUCCGACAGCUGCCCACUUCAAGUUCCACGAUGAUCCUUACCUCAUUCCCAUGUCCAAUGUCACCAAGAGAACCUUCGCAAUGGCACAGGAAGCUGGACGCAAAGCAGCAAAAUGGAUUAGAAACGAACAUGGUCGAUUUUUCAUGCACGAAGAAGCCCAACCACGAGUAGAAGCAUUUGCACCUAAGAUGGUUUUCACCGAGGAAUCUGAAGUCGAUGAAACAUCCCUACAGGGCUUAAUUCAAAACUCGGAAGUCACUGAUGCAGUUUUCGUCUACAAUUUAAUGAAGACCAAAGGCCUACCAAUUGCCGAUGAGACCAAACAAAGUCUCCUCGAACUCAUUUGCUUUUACAACAACGAAGAACCAGUUCCCGACGAAUUCAUCGAAGAGAAAUGGUUCAAUGAUUCACAGAACCGAUACAAUCGCGUUAAAAAGACCUGGAAAGAUGGUGAUUUAGCCGAACAACUCUUCAACGAAAUCGAACCACGAACACCCGAAUCCUACGCUGCCAUAAUUCGUGGAAUGGCCAAGUAUGGUCAAGCAGAGAGGGCAUAUGCCCUUCUGCAGGAUGCUACCGAGAAGCAAAUCGAACUGGACACAAAAACGUUCAAUUACGUCAUCUCUGUUGGAGGUCUCCUGAAAGAAACCGCCGACUUACGAUGGGAUUUUUGCCAAGAAAUGCUCCAGCAAAUGAAUCAACUCCAAAUUAAGCCCGAUUUGGGAACCUUAAACUCCUUUCUCGAAGUGGUUGGGACGUUCGGCAACUUUAAGAUGGCCCGAGGAAGCACGCUGAAGAUCUUGAGUACAUUCAAGGCACUCGGAAUAGAACCCAGCCUGGGAACCUACUACUACGUGUUGAACAACUUCUGUCGCGAUCGUGCUCCCGUUUCUCAUGUCCUUGUGGACAUUCUGAAUGAAAUUGAAGGCAAGUCCUUCACCAUAGCCCACCCCAAAGACGUCUAUUUCUUCCUCGCAGCCAUGGAAGUGAGCAGGAAUCAACUGCAUGAUAAAAAUGUGGCCAAACGAAUCGAUGACCUUUUGCACACUGGAAACAACUACGAUCUUAUUGGAGAUUCCUACAAGGAAGGCAUCUACUACCGCCACAUGUUCGCCCUGCUCUCUCAAACCGAGCCACUCGAGGAAUUCAUGGUCACUUAUGAUCGCCUAGUCCCGAAUAUAUACAUCCCAGAACCCGGUAUCAUGGAGGAAAUCCUCAAAUCGGUGGAAGUGAAUGGAGCUAUUGACCUAAUGCCUCGCAUGUGGUCCGACAUUGUUGCCUUUGACCUCGCCAACCGCGAGAACAUCAUCCACAAGACCCUCAAAAUCAUCACCGAGAACAGACCCAACCCCGAGAAUCCAGACCACAAUGGCCUCAAUGAACACUUCGCCCGCAUCGCCCUGGACAUCUUCACAAAGGUAUCUGAAGCCGCAGCCGACAUGCGCUUCACCAAGAAGCUCCAAUUCUCGGGGAAAAUGGUUGGCGACAUCCUAACGCUGUUCGUUCGUGGCGACGACUUCGAGAAUGCCACCAAGAUGUUUGAAAUUAUCGACAGGGAUCAGCACAAGAUUCCCGGAUCACCGUCGGAGCAAUCGUUGCUGGAAUUCGUGCAGGCUUGUGUGGCCAAUAAGGCACCAAGUUUGGCCGUGACUUGUUUGCAAUAUGCCGUCGAGAACAACAUGGAGUCGAUGCAGCUGGCGAGGAUCAUCAACAAGGGAUUCACCCUGAACGAGGUGCAUUUGUCCAAGCUGAAGAGUUUAGUGGGCGAGGGAUUCCUGGCGGAGUAGGCAUUUAAGAGAUCGAAAGAGAGAAAAUAAAGUUUUGUUGUAAAAAUUUAA